AUGUUAUCGGCAAACAGCGCAUUCUGGGAGGCAGUCACUCUCGCAGGUCUCGUCCUCGGCUUACUUUUUGUGUCGACCGUACACCUCAAAGACUGGUGGUCUGACUCCCCAAACAAGAAAAGUCGGUCUUCUUCCGACGCUCAAGGAGCAGAUCCCGUACAGGAAACCGAACCUGCGGCUGACGAUGAGACCGAUAAGUCAGCCGAGGAAAAGGCUGAGAAACGACGUCGGCGCAGGCAGGCCAAAAAGGAUGCUGAACAACAGUGUGGAGGGCCCGGUCGGGGUGGAGGGGCAGGUCCACCUACACCGCUAGAUCUGAGGCGGACGGCCAACCCCGCCAAUCCUGUGAGGGGUGAGGCCAAGAAUCGAGUGGGGUUCCCGGACGCGGCAGGGAAUGAAUUGCCCGGUGGUGGCUCAGGAGGAGAGACACCUGCCACGACCCCGGGAUCAAACACACCCUCUCCCGGAGGACGGGCCCACUGGAAGGACGAGGGAUGGCCGGGGAAAGGAAUUGGCAAGGACAAACAGUACCUCACCCAGGAGUUUGAGCUAAAGGAUGGUUCGAAGGCCAUCGUGAAAACCGAAAUGAUGAAGGACGUCAAGACCAGACUCAUAGAACAGACAGUUCAAGACGGGCAGGGUACAGAUACGGAGCCCCCGCUUGUGCGCCCAGCGCUAGACACAAAGGUCCCGGAGGUGAUCGUGCCUAAUCUAAGCGGACGUAGACAGGCUCCGCCAUUUCCCGAUCAGCGAUCACCCACGGACAUACAGCUCCCCAAUUCUCUAGAGACCAAGGACGGCGAAAACAAGGACACGACGCCAUCGCCGGUGCCGCAAAGCGAGUUGUCACCCAUCCCACUGCCACCUCCACCAGGUGAUCCCAAUCCGCCGAGACAUCCCAUACCUCCGGUCGAGGACAAGGCAGCACCCCGGCCAGUCGCUCCUCCUCACCCAGGCACUCCUCCUCAUUGCCCACCUCAACCAAGCGGGGAACCUGGAUCCGACACUGAGUCUGGCCGGCAAGCGUUGCUCGCGCGAACAGCUCCGGAUCCUGACAAGCCAUUAAUCGUACGGAGGUCUGUUCUAGAGUACCCACCUGGCAGCGACAAAAGGUUCUCAGGGCUCAACGGGGUGCUUGACAAACUGCAGACAGACUCUUUGGCUAGACAGGCACAGCAGAGACAUGGUGAUGCCGGUCGGGCUGCCUCCAAGCAGAACACUGUCCAAAAUGGCCACAGUGCCAAGACGACAGCCCGCGAAAGCAAGAAUGAGUGGAAGACAACGCCCGAUGGCGAGCCCAAAGUACCGAAAGGUACGCGACCUGCUGAGACGGGGCAAUCGGUGGAUGCAAAGUCCGCUCCCAGAAAGCCAAAUAACCCAGACUCGGAGAGAUCUGAGAGUGGAUCGAUGUCCGCAAGCUCGACGUCAGAACGCUCGCCGAGGACGAUGAGUGAGGACGAGAACGGACUGGCCAAGUCGGACAAGAAGAAGCCUUCUGGUGCGCUCAAGAAGGUCACAAAGUCGACGCGGGAUCGGUUGGAUGAUGGGAGCAGCGAAGAGGUGGCGACGACUCGUACAUCACAGCGCGGCAGAAGAGAUCAGCAGGGGACGAAGAACGAGGCAGAGGGGGCAGACUCGUCCAGCAGAGAGACGGGCAGCGCACACGAGUCCAACGAUGGAGGAUCAGCAUCGAAGAGGAAGAGGAAGGAGAAAAAAAAGGACAAGGGGGCGCCUUCAGACGAUGGGGAGGCCCCUAAUGCCAAACCAAGCAGGAAGGCCGGGGGAGCCAAGGGCCAAGGUAUGAGGAGCGACAAGAGUAUACGCGGGAGGAAUAGGGAGGACAAGGAGAAGAAAGGGACUAGAGGGAGGAAGGGGAGGAAGGCUUCCGCUAAGGGAGUCGAGAACUUCGACGGCUCGAGCUGGGAGAGCGACGGAGACGAGGACGAGGACCAAGAUUCACCUCGGGCGCAUGGUAGGCCGCCUCCGACAUCCGGGGAACGAUCUGCGAGACAGGACACUUCCCGACGGCCCGGUAGGGAUGAAGAUCACACUGGAACUGAGAGAUUCGCAUAUGUCGAUGACGAUCGCCCCAUGGGAGGACCGCAUCGGGCGCCGCCAGGGAGAAGUCAUGAUGCCUCCGACAGAUCAGGCGCGCAGACGCGUGCGCCGGGCGGAGAUCGGCCGACCUUCGGGGACAUUCGGAGUGUUCGUGAUCGAGAGGAAGGACCUUGGGAGCCGACCCGAUUGGGCAGAAAAAAGACCGCAGGAGAUGCGUCGGCGGAAGGUUUCGUGCCUCGGUUGAGGUCGAGAAACGGAGACGGCUUCAACGCCGGUGCAUCAAUUGAGCGUCACGACACCUUGCAGGACCGUGCAGCUAGUGCCUCAACUCGGAAUACCCAGAAGCGACAGAAUAUCGUCGACACGGCAGGGGGCAAUGAAGCCGUUCCACCAGGGCAGCGGCUGGGUACGAAGUCUCGGAUGGAAGGCCCGCUCCCGGGGGAUGUGGGUACGGCAGCUGGUAUAGCGGCGGAUGUUCGGAAGAAGCGUAGUGCAAAAGCCACUGAUGAUGCUGGGGCCGCGAAGGCUGAGGGACCGGUAGUGGAAGCACCGGGGUCCGAACGACCGCCAGGUCCUGAGGUUUCUGUUGCGACAACCCCGAGGGGGGAAGAACAGGAGUCUGAGGUUACGCACAACACACUGAGAGCUGCGAGAACAGCAAGGGCGUUGCGGGAAGAGAAAGAAAGGGAGACUGAGGAUGCUCGGGUGGCGGAUGAUCUUGCAGCGGCCGAAGCUGCGAAGAAAGGGCUUGAUGCUGUGGACCCCCAGGAGAAAGACGAAGCGGGUCCAGGAGCACGCAAUUAUCGUGAAGCUGUGGUCCAGAUUACCCCUGCAUCGAAGACUGCGUUGUCUCCUGGACACUCGCCGCGUCGCGAUGAGCCGAUGUCGCCCAAAACCAGCUUGGGGCGGAGCAAUCAGACGGUGCCGCCUGUCUUUCCACCCAAACCACCGGCCAGCGUCGCAUCUGGCAGAGCGGUCUUUGGUCGCCAGGAAAAAUCCACAAUGAAGAAGAUGGGCGACACCGAGAAGUGCAUUGUACAGCUCAACCCACAUCAGGUCCCACCCCGCAGCCAAAAUCAUGGCUUUGCACGCGAGAAAGACGAUUUUGGGAAGAUCCUCGGAGACUACGUUGAACAAACACGGGGCAACCCAGACAGCGGUGCUCUAAUAAAGGCUUGGAAAGACUUCCGUGCGAAUAGUGAUGACGCGUACAAAAGUAGCAAAUAUGCCGACGACGACGAAAAGGCUGUGGCGGAUCGGGUGGCCGAAGACGCCAGGCUCAUGAGGGCCCACCGAGAAGAGAGGGAAAAUGGUCUAACUUCGCCUGUGGAACAUCAAGAGAAGGUGAAUCGCAUGAGUGACGAGGCGUACAACAAAGCAGUCGACCGCAAUAUCGUUAUGCUAUCGCAAUUUUCGGCGCAAGAUGCGAUCGCAGCGGCCAAGGAGGAAUACGGCGACGUCUAUGAUCGCGGAAAGCCAUUCUCUAAAGUGAUCGACGGCCACGAAGAGUGGCGCCAGGAAGACGUAGACAGUCUGGACAUAGCAAGAGCUGUGCUGCGUCAUUUCAAACGCAAACGCGCCGACGUGGCCCAAGGCGCGAAGCGGUUGGAGGCUAAGCGAGCAGAAAAGAUUGAUGAGGUACCAGCGGAUCUGCCGCGUGCCGAGAAGGCGAAAGGAAGCGAGCACCAAGUAUCCGUACCGUCGAACCGUUCAGCACGCCUUGCACCUCAGGCGACAGCGGGGUCCGAUCAGCGUAUACCACCAAUACCACCCUUGGAGUGGGACACGGUUGUUCCUAGGAAGAGAAAGGACAAAACAGGGAAGAUAGUGACGGGAGGGGAAGAGGGCAUUGACAAUGCUGCAAGCGAGGCUGGAGACCGAGAUCCCAGCGUGCAUACGGCUGGAAGCACAGACAAGUCAGGUGUCGGAGAAGAGACGGCACGUUCAGGAGCGCAUGACAAGGGGGGCCUUGAUGGAGCGACCCGUGUCACGAAGAGCCCGGCAAACGGUGGAAAAGCGUCACUGAACCCUCAAAACACCCAUCAUCAGAGUCGUCUGUCCCGCCGCCGCGACUCGCAGAAGAUUCACGAGAGACCUGUUUGGAACACGACUUCUUCGGUAGACCCGACAUCUGACACUCCCAGGCGAGAAGGGGAGGAUCGAAAGGAUUACAUCACGCGAAGGAUCGAUGCCACAAUUUCUGGGUAUCGCUCACUUGAUCUGGAAGACGCCUUAGAAAUAGCAAAACAGGAACAACGCGACGCCUGGGAAGCCGGCGUUCGGCAGUUUGGUGAUGGAGAUGACGCAGAAUGGAGUGAAGCAGCGGAAGAUCGGCAGCAGAUUGCAGUGAACGUACGAGGCUACUUCGAGGGCCUAGUCGAGGGGUCGACUUGGUGGUCUGCUAAGAGGGCGCGGGAGUGGCGCGAGCGGCGCCAGCAGGAGAUCGUGAAGGAGAAGGGGCACAACGUUGGCAACCGACUCUCCCCUGUCAACCACCCACCCGUCAAUACAGUAUCUGGUACCGGGAAGAGAUCGUCAUCGCGAUCUCCAGAACAGGAACGUCAUCAACGAUCGGACAUGGAGCAUGAAGCAGGGGUCAGCGGGCAGGGCAGUACUCAGGGCGAAGCGGAUCAAAUCGCAGCUUGCGACGGUGAUGAAGAGUCACGGAUCGAGGAAAGGAGGGCAGAGCUGCGAAGUAAAACCUCCAGGCGAGGCGUUCUAGGUGAGGAUCCCGCACCACCUGUCAAGCGCAGCAGCGCUAUCUCAGGCCUGGACUCCGGCACUAGGCAAAGUCUGCUUUCAAGUCAAAAAACAAGCCUGAGUGAAGGAGAGAUAGAGGAGGCGGUCGCCGAGAGAAUGAAAUGGCUCACCGAAGACGAGAGCUGGUCUUUUCGUGAGGCGUCGAAGAUAGCUGCCGAAGAACACCGUGCAGCUCUCGAGAAGGCUUUCAUACAUGGAAAGCCGACCGGUCAGCCGUGGACGGACAGACUCGCUAUAGCAAGCAGGGUGCAUGAGUCAAUCGGGACCCGCCAGUUGGAGCGCCGGCGAAAGGAGGCUGCUGCUACGGGCAGUGCAAAAAGCGUGCCUGGACAGCAGCGGCGCGAAGGCGUAUCCACCCACAUCAAUCAACCUCGCACCUUCCGCAAUGUAAAGCGUUCUCCGGGAAAGAAGAUUGAGGUCAAGGAACAGAUUGUCUCCCAGCAUACUGGAAACAAUCUCUUCCUUCAGUCACUGUAUUGCAUCGGCAGAAUAGUUGCAGAUGCGCCUGUCGCCUCCCUCUUCUGCGCUGCAUCCUCAGUCGCUAUCAUCACAAGCACAAUACAGAUCCAUAAUUUUCGCAUCUUGCUAUCUGAAAGCGGCGAUAUCGUGAGGCGAGAGGAACUCCCCACCGGUUCCGCUAUUCUCGAGAGCUGGGUCUCCAAAGUCCCUGGAGUCGUCGAGAAUGGUCCGGACGGAGCGUUCUGGCUCCUGAACCUCUGGAUCAUCCUCGGCAUCCCAUUCAUCGCGGCGUCCUGCGCCACAGCCAUCAGCGUCGCCGAUGGUCCACAGUACCCAGGUGGAUACGCAGGGAGGAUGCGAGCAGUCGGGAGACGUUUAGGGCGGAUCGUUCGCGCAGGCUGGGCGCUUCCGAAACUUCUUACCAGCUGCCUCACGACCGGCGGCGAAGCGACCUUGAUGGGAUCACACCCACGCGGUACGCUGGGCGCACUGAGACGAGGGGGCUGGAGGACCGUACUCAAAUUGGCCCUCGUGCUCAUGACCGCCACGGUGACCUGCCUAAUCGGCUUCAUGGUCGUACGGGCAGCCACACUCGCCAGCGAUACUCCUUUGACACCCCUUAGUCCAGAAGAGACGAGAAUCAGCGUUGACGGUCUCACGGAAGUCGCGUCUAGUCUAUCACCAAACACGGGCUUCGGCCUUAUCCACGUCUUUCUCAUCAUCGCAAUUCCUUCCAUCGUUUAUGCUAUCUACUCCUUGCUGGACCCUGAACGCGAGGAGGUCGUCAGGACUGGGGCGGUCAGGACAUCAUGUUGGAAACAUAUGUCAAAAUUUCCGCGAAGGAUUCAUCGAGCGGUUCCAGGUUGGAUCUGGCGAAUCUUCUUUGUCAACGCUAUACUUGUCCCCGUCAUCACGGUCGCCUGCUUUUUCGAGGAGGUCCUGACGCAAACUACCUCCAUCUUUGGCGUCAUAUCAGGGGGAGAUGCGAUCACGGGCGCGAACAUAUUCUUCGGUGUCAUGACCUUGCCCGCCGGCUGGGCGGUCUAUACUCUUUGGGACCUGGUGAUGGACCUUUGGGCGUGGAUCAAACGAGCCUAUAUCCUGAUCAACGGGAUGACCCGAGAGGCAGCUGCGCUAGCUGCUGUCGCCGCGCGGAUGUAUUCAGCUGGACUUGCGCGUCCUCGACAUGUUCAAACAGGUAUUCCCUGUUGGGCCUCGACAGCUUUGGUCAUUGGGCAAUCGUGCCGCAUAGCUCGAACACCUAUCAUGUUCAGCUUAUAUAAUAGCGUCUCAAAGGAUGAAGAUAGCAGGGAAAGAGUUCAGGACUGGCUGGAGCAAAGGGUUGCGGAUACAUACAUCAACAUGGUGACUGCCAACAGUGCAUUCUGGGAAGCUACUACCCUUGUAGCAAUCGCGCUUGGGGUACUGGUGAUAUCGACGGUCCAUCUCAACGGCUGGUGGCCCAAAUGGCCUGGCUCUUCCGCUGCCGCCACAAGAGCUGCCGCGUCUGCUCUCGCAGACAGUGAGACGUUAGAAGCGGAGAAGCGCAGGCGAAAGCGAUCGGGGACCAAUGAGCCAGGAACCCCUGGAGCCGGGGGUGCGAACCCGGAUCGUUCUGGCAGUAAUCAUGGUUCCGGAAAUGAGUCGGACAUGUCGGGCCGGUCGGGAAGCGGCAGCACGAGAGGUAGUGAACGAGGGGAACGAGAGACCCCCAGGUCCGACGGGAGCGAAGCGGGACGAGGCGGGUCGCAAGGUAGGUUGAAUGGAAACCGGGAUUCAUCAGAUGGCGAGCAAGACACGAGCGAUUCAGAGGGGGGCGGAAGAAGCAACAAGGUGGGCGGGGCAGAGGCCACUACACAGCAAAUCACGGAAGAGAUACCUCUGUCCGAUGGCUCGACGGUCAACCUUGUCUUGAACGUCAAAGACAAUGAGAAGGUUCGAUUCAUCAAGAAGAGAGCUUCGGGUAGUCAUGCGGGAUCCCCUCCUCCCAGGCGAUGGCACGAUGAUUCAUCAGAGGAAGAUGAGGGCCCAGCAGUCGGCGGGGGCGGUGCGCCAGGCGUAUCGGGAGUACAGCCUCCAGCAGCAACAGGACCCAGCUCCCGAGCGCCACCAACCCCCUCCGAAGGUCAGACAGGCAAGCAACACGGGGGCAAUCAGGUUGUAUCCCUCGUAUCAUCAGGACCACGUCGAGAGGAUUUCCUCCUGCCUGAGGAAGCUUCCUACAUUCCCACUCGUCCACUGCACACUGCGAGAUCGGAACUCCCGACUACACCCGGUGGCAAACAAGUCGCGUCUCACUUGUCACCAGGACCGCUUCGGGAGCCUUUCAUGAUGCCAAGUGACGCUCCCUUCGGAGCCACUCGUCCACUCACCAACAAGCGCUCGGAGAUACCGUUAUCCGUGCACGUCCUCGCAGCCGGUCUUCCGCCCAUACCCGGACCUCAUCGCUCGUUCGAGCACUUACCUGCUUUCGACUCCACCAUACGAGAUUUCCCAGCCGGGCAACGGACCCGCAUGCUGCAGGGAACCGCGGACGCUGCAUCCAUAUCAUCCGCGUCCCCUCAAGGCUCAUUCCUGAUACAGGGUGACCACCCUGUCACUCGCGAUCGUUUGCUUGACCUAAGUGACCCCAGUGUCGCUGCGCCGCUCCAUGUACGUCAGGUCGGCAUAUUGCCCAUAUCCGGUGAUCCAAGAGCCUGGGUGCACAGCGAUACGCCACACAUGGCCUGGAAAGGCCUGCAAAGUGAGCCCGAAGCUGGGCGAGCAUUGGCCAGCCUUGAUGUGAGGGCUGCUGUCCCGAUCAGUCCGGAGGUGCUGGCGGAGGCUCAGAGACAUAGUUACGUGGGUCUUGAUGCGCACGUUGAAGGCGGCAAGCUGCUUCAUACAGUUCCCGAACGCGUGCCAGUCAGUCCAAUCAAAGUGGCUUUCAGGGAUCGCUUGAAGCAGUUAUUGCCACGUCGAACGGGGAUGAAAGUGCCAACACCUCUGGUCCUCUCUACACAAGAUGAAUACGUGGUCCCCAUAGCCCAGUCCGCGGAUGCAGAGGGGGUGACGGCGGCGAGGAAGAAGGUUAGAGAGCCGAUCAGAGGGGUAGUGUCACUGAUUCCUCAGACGGCGGAGCUCAUCGCUGUGAGGGCGAAGAGGCGGACUGGCAAGAAGGUCGGCAAGGGCCUAGAAGUGGGACAGGACCCUGAGUAUGCGGUAGUAGAGACCAUGGCGAUGUCUGCAAAAGCCAGAGCGAAGCUGGAGAAUCGGGGACAGGAGAAGGCAGAAGUUGCGCCGAGGACAGCUAAGGUGGGCAAGGAAAAAGCGAAGGAGAAAGCAGGCGCGCAAAUCAAGGCCCAGGCAGCUGUACGCGAGGGCAGGGAGCUCCUCGUGGGCACGGAGAAGGCUGAGGUGUCCCCAACAGGCGUGGUCGUGUCAGCCUCGGCUUCUGAAGCUUUGAGCGGCGUCGCGUCGAAGAAUAAGACCAAGCUUAAGACCAAGAAAAAGAACAAAGGCAAGACAGUCCUCAAAGCUCUCGGAUCGGCAUCGGAAGCCGUCAGUGGUCUAGACACCAAGAGCUCCAGAAUCGACGGCAACAAGCUGAGCAGAAAGAAUAAGAAGAAGAAGAAAAGCAAGGCCCAAACUGGCUCGAGCGAGGAUGUGGGAGAGGAACAGACGGUCAAGUCUCAACGGAACGACAAAGUCCUUGAGGAGGAGAGCUCAGGCGAGAGUGUAGCCAGUGAGAUAUCGGCGGUGACAGGGAGAAGCAAGAGCAGCAAGAAGUUGAGGAGCAAG